GCCGCCUGCCGCGGAUCGCGUGGUCGCCUCGGCUCGCCGCGCCUCUCCCCCGUCCGUCCAUAUUGCUGCAGCCCCCGAGCCGGGAAGCCCGGGCCGCCCCGGCGGCGGGGGGGAGGGAGGGACGGGACGAGAAGCCUGCCAGGCUCGGGGUGGGGGCGCCUUGCGAGGAACGGGCGGGGGGGGACGCGCGCCGAGGAGGCCUGGACCGCAGAGUGGGGGGCCUUCCUACCCCCCCCCGCCCCGCCAGCGGGCCUCGGAUCUACGGCGGCUGCAUCCCACCGCGAGCGGGGCCGCGCCUAGCGUGAACCUCGACCCUUCUCCGCAGGGACUGGGGCCCAGCGCCCCGGAGGAAGGCGUCGCGGGUGCCCUGAAAGCCAAGUUCGAGGCGGGGGAGGCAGCCUCGGGCGCGCCCGGCUUCUCCGGGGGGGCGGGCGCGCAGAUGGCCACUCAGGUGGAGCCGCUGCUGCCGGGGGGCGCCCCCCUCUUGCAGGCCGAAGAGCACGGGGGUCUAGUGAGGAAGAAGCCGCCGCCGCCGCCGCCCGAGGGCAAGGGCGAGCCCGGGGCGAACGACGUCGGAGGGGGGGAGCCGGACGGCGGCGCCCGGAGACCUCGGCCGCCCUGCGCCAAGCCACACAAGGAGGGCACCGGGCAGCUGGAGCGCGAGAGCCCGCGGCCGCCGCAGCCGCCGGGCGCCGAGGGCCUGGCGGUCAGCGACGGGGAGGAGGGCGGCGGCGGUGAGCCGGGCGCUGGCGGAGGAGCGGCCGGAGCUGCGGGCGCCGGGCGCCGAGACUUCGUGGAGGCCCCUCCGCCCAAGGUGAACCCGUGGACUAAGAACGCGCUGCCGCCGGUCCUGGCCACGGUGAACGGACAGUCCCCUCCAGAACAUUCUGCUCCAGCCAAGGUGGUGAGGGCAGCAGUUCCUAAACAGCGCAAAGGCAGCAAGGUUGGUGACUUUGGAGAUGCAAUCAACUGGCCCACACCUGGAGAGAUAGCCCAUAAGAGCGUACAGCCACAGUCCCACAAGUCCCAGCCUGCCCGUAAGCUGCCACCCAAAAAGGACAUGAAGGAACAGGAGAAAGGAGAGGGGGGCGAUAGUAAAGAGAGUCCGAAAACCAAGUCGGAUGAAUCUGGGGAGGAGAAGAAUGGGGAUGAGGACUGCCAGCGAGGGGGCCAGAAGAAGAAAGGGAACAAACACAAGUGGGUUCCAUUGCAAAUAGACAUGAAGCCUGAAGUGCCCAGAGAAAAACUGGUUUCGCGACCUGCUCGCCCACCAGAGCCACGACACACACCUGCCAACCGAGGGGAGAUCAAAGGGUCUGAGCCUGCCACCUACGUGCCCGUGCCCAUGGCCCCCCCCACCCCAGCCUGGCAACCAGAGACCAAACCGGAGCCUGCCUGGCACGACCAGGAUGAGACAUCGAGUGUGAAGAGUGAUGGGGCUGGUGGGGCGCGGGCUUCCUUCCGUGGCCGUGGACGGGGGCGUGGUCGUGGCCGGGGACGCGGCCGGGGUGGCACUCGAACCCAUUUUGACUACCAGUUUGGCUACCGAAAGUUUGAUGGUGCAGAGGGGCCUCGCACCCCCAAGUACAUGAACAACAUCACCUACUACUUUGACAAUGUCAGCAGCACUGAGCUUUACAGCGUGGACCAGGAGCUGCUCAAAGACUACAUCAAGCGGCAGAUCGAGUACUACUUCAGCGUGGACAAUUUAGAGCGAGACUUCUUCCUGCGACGGAAAAUGGAUGCUGACGGUUUCCUUCCCAUCACCCUUAUUGCUUCCUUCCACCGAGUGCAGGCCCUUACCACUGACAUUUCACUCAUCUUUGCGGCCCUAAAGGACAGCAAGGUGGUGGAGAUCGUUGAUGAGAAAGUCCGCAGAAGGGAGGAGCCGGAGAAAUGGCCUCUUCCUGGUCCCCCAAUAGUGGAUUAUUCCCAGACCGAUUUCUCCCAGCUUCUCAACUGCCCUGAGUUUGUGCCCCGUCAGCAUUACCAGAAGGAGACAGAGUCAGCACCUGGUUCUCCCCGUGCAGUCACCCCAGUGCCAACCAAAACAGAGGAGGUCAGCAACCUAAAGACGCUGCCCAAGGGCCUCUCUGCCAGCCUGCCUGACUUGGAUUCUGAGAACUGGAUUGAAGUGAAGAAGAGGCCGCGGCCGUCCCCAGCACGGCCCAAGAAGUCAGAGGAGCCCAAGUUCCUCCACACGACCUCUCUGCCUCAGCAGCUGCCUUCUCAGCAGUUGAUGUCCAAGGAGCAGGAUGAGCAAGAGGAGCUAGAUUUCCUGUUUGACGAGGAGAUGGAGCAGAUGGAUGGGCGGAAGAACACCUUCACCGCCUGGUCUGAUGAGGACUCUGACUAUGAGAUUGAUGACCGGGAUGUGAACAAGAUCCUCAUUGUCACCCAGACGCCACCUUAUAUGCGUCGGCACCCUGGGGGGGACCGCACAGGCAACCACACCUCACGUGCCAAGAUGAGUGCUGAGCUGGCCAAGGUCAUUAACGAUGGGCUCUUCUACUACGAGCAGGACCUGUGGACUGAGAAGUUUGAACCUGAGUAUUCCCAGAUCAAGCAAGAAGUCGAGAACUUCAAGAAAGUCAAUAUGAUCAGCCGGGAACAGUUUGACACACUAACCCCAGAGCCCCCGGUGGAUCCCAACCAGGAGGUCCCUCCUGGGCCACCCCGCUUCCAACAAGUCCCCACUGAUGCCCUGGCCAACAAAUUGUUUGGUGCUCCUGAGCCCUCCACCAUCGCCCGUUCUCUACCAACCACUGUCCCAGAGUCGCCAAACUACCGCAAUACCAGGACCCCUCGCACUCCCCGGACACCGCAGCUCAAAGACUCAAGUCAGACAUCACGGUUUUACCCAGUAGUGAAAGAAGGACGGACGCUAGAUGCCAAGAUGCCUCGGAAAAGGAAGACAAGACACAGCUCAAACCCGCCCCUGGAGAGUCAUGUGGGCUGGGUGAUGGAUUCCCGAGAGCACAGGCCCCGGACAGCUUCCAUCAGCUCCAGCCCCUCAGAAGGAACACCUGCAGUUGGCAGCUAUGGCUGUACCCCUCAGUCCCUGCCCAAGUUCCAGCAUCCUUCCCAUGAGCUGCUCAAGGAAAAUGGCUUCACACAACACGUCUACCACAAGUACCGUAGGCGCUGCCUUAAUGAGCGGAAACGCUUGGGCAUUGGCCAGUCUCAGGAGAUGAACACUCUCUUCCGCUUCUGGUCCUUCUUCCUCCGAGAUCACUUCAACAAGAAGAUGUAUGAGGAGUUUAAGCAGCUGGCUCUGGAGGAUGCCAAAGAAGGCUACAGAUAUGGUUUGGAGUGCCUUUUUCGAUACUACAGUUACGGCCUGGAAAAGAAGUUCCGGCUGGACAUCUUCAAGGAUUUUCAGGAGGAAACAAUGAAGGACUAUGAAGCUGGCCAGCUCUAUGGACUGGAGAAGUUCUGGGCCUUCUUGAAAUAUUCCAAAGCCAAAAAUUUGGACAUUGACCCCAAACUUCAAGAAUACCUCGGCAAAUUCCGACGUCUCGAAGACUUCCGAGUGGAUCCCCCCAUGGGUGAGGAGGGCAACCACAAGCGACACCCAGUGGCGGCAGGAGGUGGCGGCGGCGAGGGCAGGAAGCGGUGCCCCUCCCAGUCUUCCAGCAGGCCCACCACCGUGAUCAGCCAACCCCCCACACCACCCACUGGCCAGCCCGUCCGGGAAGAUGCCAAAUGGACAAGCCAGCACUCGGACACACAGACUUUGGGAAAGUGAAAAGCCUGUUAGCCCUGGGGUUUUGGUGGGGGGUAGUGAGGGGGUGGGCGAAAGUCCAUGGGGGUGCCCAGUCCCAGGAGAGGGGACAGAGAAGGGACAGGCCUAGAGUCAUUAGAAUGGGCCUUCGUGCUGAGUAGCAACAUGUACACCAUUUGGGCUAUCAGAGGUACCCCUGGGCAGGAGCCUCCACACACCCCCUUCCCCCUCCUCUCUCCAUGACUCUUCUUCACAUCCUAGCUUCUAAGGGGGGGGAGGGAAAGGGGGGAGAUUUUUUUUAUAUAUAUAUAUAUAUAUAUAUAUCAAGUUUUAAAUUAUUGAUAGUUCGUCUGGAUUACCAAAAUCACUCUGUAGCCCUGCCCGCGGCUGGUAGGCCGCCACCCUGGUUCCCACCCACAGCCUCCUCCUGCUCCCCCUCAAGCCAACUAUGCAGCCCACAAGAAGGCCCUGUGGGCCCCAUUGCCCAGCACUGUCCCAUGGAAGGCUCUGGCAGCGUCCCUGGGCCCCACGAGCACCAGCCCCCUGAUCAUUUGGGGCUUGCCAUCACCAUGUUCUCCCCCUGCUGUCCCCACCAUGCCCUUCUGCCAUCUUCUGGGAGAAGGAAACCAAAGGAUCUAGAAGUGGGGGCGGGGGAAGGUUUCAUCCUCUCCCCACCCCCCUCUCCCCAUACCCCUUACUCCCCAGCCCAGAGAGACGCUGCUGAUACCAGAAAAGACUAUUGAAAGAUGAUUUAUUUUAUUUUUCUCUGACCUUUCCAUCCUUGGGGAAAAAAAAAAAAAAAAGACAAAAUCGACCAUAAAAGACCAAAAAAAUAAAUCUGAAAACCCCCACCUAAUCCACAGAAAGUGAUGUCUUUCCCCUACCCUUGGAUUUUGUUUUUUGUUUUGUUUUGUUCUUGGAAAUAAUAUUUUUUUAAAAGUUGCCUUAUUGUGGAGCGGGAAUCUGAAAUACCCAAAUGCCUGUUUUCCUCGGCGGAGUCGCCUCGAAGAGCUCACACCUUCUCUGGACGUGCCUGGGCUGGCUUGGCUAGAAUCUUUCUCUGGACUGAGUUGCAUGUACAGUGCCUCCUGCCUGUAGGCAAGAGCGUUGGGGGCGGCUCCAGUGAGAGCCGUGCCCGGAAUACCCCUGCUGUUGCAUCGUUGGAAGCUGACGUCCUGUGUCUGUACUCUGCUGCCACUGUCGUGUCCUCGCUCUGCUUGCUGUUGCUUCGUGACAGGCCCGUCCUGCCAUGACACCCUUCAUCCUACCCUUGGGACCCCAAGGCCAGGUUGGCUUCAGACUGUUGAAGAAGAGCAUUGGCCUGGACCUGGGACACACUUGGCCUCAGCAUGACCGUCUCCCCCCUCCAAGGGGAAGGACGAACACCUGGCAGCUGAGGCUUGGAAAUGUGUUCCUCUGAGAGAUCUGAGACCUCAAGGAGGCUUUGUCUCCGAACAGGUGGAGAAGGAUGCCCUUCUCCUCCCUCGGGUCUGAUGGGGUCUCCCCAUCUUGCAUCCCCCCUCUGCAAGCCACCUCUGCCCACCCUCCAAUUGACCCUGCCUGGGAACGAGGGAUGAGGAGGGUUUGGGGGGCUGGGGGGAAUCCUGCCAGUUGGAGAAGCCCCGUGGCAGGAAGGUAUAUGUGGACAUAGAGUAUACCUGACUCCUCUUCUCCAGCCACUGACUGCUUGGGUUGGGCUGUGAGUGAUAAUGGAAUGGCUGGAGUUCUCCUGGCACCCGACGCUGGGGAGGGUGACGAAGGACUGACCCCCACAGGUUGAGCUAUGUGCCGGCUGCGGCCGUGGCGGCGCGUUCACCGCCGGCGGGGCCCGGGCGGCACAGAGAAGCUGAUGGUGGGUCGCUGCACCGCUGACACUUGUCGGCCCAAAGACUGGGAGCAGGGGACAGUAUCCCAGGCUGGCAUGGGCUUGCCCUCUGCUUUCAGCCUGUGCCCUUCCCUACCUCUGCCCUCCCAGUGGUUCGGAUGUGACCCGCUGGUCUCGAGAGUCAAGGAUGAGUGUCUGGUCUCUGCUCUGAAAGUGGGAUCUGGGCCUUUCCCUGCUGUCUGGUGCCUGCCCCACGUUGUACCAGACAUCGGACUCCUGCACCCCCUCUUCCUUCCCUUUUUACCCCGUUUCUUUCCUUUGGAUCGCUCAGCCCUGUACUGUAUCCAGCACCAUAGAACCUCAGUGUUUGUCCUCUGCUGGGUUUGGGGGCACAAGGAAGCCUUGGGGGUGUGCAGAAAGGCUUUUCUCACCUAGAGUUUUCUCCCAGGCCAGGGGGCUGCCAUCCCCUCUCUGAUCCUCCCACAGACACCCGAGAGAGAGGAAGCCCCUUCGGGGUGGGAGGUGAGGACUUCAUCUCAACGCAGGCUAAGGAUGGGGGGGAGGGGUUUUUUUUUUUCCCUUUGUUUUUUUUGUAACAUGUUAGGAGUUAAUGUUGCAAAGAGUAGUUUACAUCUUCACUUUCUGAAGACACUUGAAUUUAGGACCGACGUAUCUGUGACAGGCAUGCCAGGAGCGGCCAGAGCCAUUGGGGCUUGCCGCUUCUCACCCACCACCCUCCCGUGGGGGUCCAAGACCUGAGACACAAAGCAGCAGCCUGCCCAAACCCUUCUGCUCAUCCUGUACCCUUCCAUGACUGGUCCACGCCAACACGACCUCUGGGCAUCAAACAUCACAAGGUCUGUGUGCCUCAGCCCUGCUCGGGCAGGUUUCUCUCGCCCUCUUCUGACCCUGGGAGCAAACGCACUACCAGUAGAGAGUGGCUGCCUGGCCCUGCCCCAGCCUGCAUCCCCGGGGCUCAGGUCCAGGGGCUGAGCCCCCAUGUCAAAGGUGUUAACGUUUUUGUUUUGUUCCAUUGUAGCUCUUAUUUCCCCCCCCCCCCUUUCCUGAUUGAUUUUACAAAAGCAAGCUGCUCAGAAGGCCCUGGAAGUGGGGAGGAGGGGCAAGGAAGACGACUAGAGGAGGGGCAAGGGCGGGUGGGGGUGGGUUUUGGUUUUGGUUUUGGUUUUUGCCAAAAAGCCUGGGUACAGCGGUCUGGAUCAUCUGGUGCCCUUGUGAGUGGGACCCGAAGUAUGUCCUGUGUGGAAGGGUCCCUGGAUUUGCCCCAGCCCCCACGCUCUCCUUCAGCCAUGUUGAUGGCAGAGGCAGAGAAGAUCAGAACUUAUAGCCCAUUUCUCACUGGAGAGGAAAACUUGUCAUCUGGCUUUGCGGAGAAGGUUCCACCUUAUGCUCAUAGUACAUUAUCUUUACCAUGUGCUAGGAUAUCACAUUUAAAAGGACAAAAAAAAUGUAAAAUACUUGAAUGAGCUUGUAUUAUAACAUUAAUAUUAUUGAGAGUAUCUGCUUUCCAGGCUGAAGUGAUUCAUUCAUUAUUCUAGUCCUGCUUUAGUCCUUUGUAAUUUGUGGUAAUUAUGCUUUUCUUUUUAAUACAAAAAAAAUGUAUAAAAAUAAAAACUUGAAAAGGCAAAA